GAAGAAUGAGGAAGAAGUCCGGUCUGCUGCGCGCCUUGUCCCAACAAAUGCGGGCUUGCUAAUGAAGCACCGCUCCGGUCAUCCGAUCAUACAGGUCACCCAGGUCGAACUACAUGGAAACGAGGAGUAGGCAACAAACGAAGAUAACAGCAACAAAUAACCAGGCGCUGCAUGGGAAUCCAGACUCUUCCCUCCUUUCGUGCGUCUCGAUCGGUGGAUACGCCGUCUUGGCUGGCAUAUAAGAGCUCCCUGCGUCUCCAUUACCAUUCCCCACCACUGGCUUACCUCUACUACUACUACUACUCCUCCUCUUACUCCUUGUUCUGCUAAUAUUAUUAGUAGAGCUACAGUGCAGCUUUUACUACGGACUUCUCCGGAUCGUGGCCACUCAAGGGAAUAAAAGGUUCAACAUCCUCAUUAACACCUCAGAGUACUGGUCUUGACACCAACAUGGCCCGUCGGGAUCACUCCGCCCAUCUGUCCCCGACCAUGAGGUUAACAGUUGUUACGGUGAUCCUCUUCCUCAAUCUUCAUCCCUCGUUGGCCGGGGCACCCCCUGAAGCAAGCCUGGGUGGCUCUGUUUCGGCUGUGUCCACCAAUAAAACUGAAUGCAGUAAGCCUGAGCAGUGUGCACAUGGGGUGAUUCUGCCUAUUUGGGAGCCCCAAAACCCAUCAUUUGGAGACAAGGUCGCUCGUGCAACUGUUUACUUUGUGGCUUUGGUCUACAUGUUCCUGGGUGUGUCCAUCAUCGCAGACCGCUUUAUGGCAUCAAUAGAGGUUAUAACAUCACAGGAAAAGGAGAUCACCAUUAAGAAACCCAAUGGAGAAACCACCACCACUACUGUCCGGAUCUGGAAUGAAACUGUCUCCAACCUUACCCUUAUGGCUUUGGGCUCUUCAGCACCUGAAAUCCUCCUGUCCAUUAUAGAAAUUAUUGGUCAUGGGUUUGAGGCUGGCACACUGGGACCCUCCACUAUUGUGGGUUCUGCAGCAUUCAACAUGUUUGUCAUCAUCGGGCUUUGUGUGUAUGUCGUUCCUGAUGGCGAGACGAGGAAGGUCAAGCACCUCCGUGUGUUCUUUGUCACGGCCACCUGGAGUAUUUUUGCCUACAUUUGGCUCUACCUGAUCCUGUCAGUGAUCUCACCUGGCGUUGUGCAGGUGUGGGAGGGGCUGCUCACUUUCCUCUUCUUCCCCAUUUGUGUGGUGUUCGCCUGGGUAGCCGAUCGCCGCCUGCUGUUUUACAAGUAUGUGUACAAGCGCUACCGCACUGGCAAGCAGCGUGGCAUGAUCAUUGAGACCGAGGGUGAUCGUCCACUUCCUUCCAAGGUGGACAUUGAGAUGGAUGGAAAGAUGCUGAACUCUCAUGGUGUUGACUUCCUUGAUGGUCCACUGGGCUUAGAUAUAGAUGAGAAGGACUUGGAUGAAGAGGAAACACGGAGAGAUAUGGCCAAGAUCCUGAAGGAGCUCAAACAGAAACAUCCUGACAAAGAGGUGGAGCAACUCAUUGAGCUUGCCAACUACCAAGUCCUGAGCCAGCAGCAGAAGAGCCGUGCUUUCUAUCGAUGCCAGGCCACCCGACUGAUGACAGGUGCUGGCAACAUCCUGAAAAAACAUGCUGCUGAUCAAGCACGAAAGGCUGUGAGCAUGCAUGAGGUUCGCUCAGAAACUGGCGAAAACGAUCCUGUCUCCAAAAUCUUUUUUGAGCCCGGUUCUUACCAGUGUCUUGAGAACUGUGGCACAGUGGCAGUGAAUGUGGUGCGGCGUGGCGGCGACCUGGGCAAGACGGUUUCUGUGGAGUACCGGACGGAAGAUGGCACAGCCAACGCUGGCUCGGACUACGAGUUCACCGAGGGUGUAGUGGUUUUCAAGCCUGGCGAGACGAUGAAGGAGGUCCGUGUGGGGAUCAUUGAUGACGACAUCUUUGAGGAGGAUGAAAACUUCUUGAUUCACCUUUCCAGUGUCAAGGUGUUGACAUCAGAAGGCGAGGAACCUGAGGAGGGCGAGUCAGCUAAUCACGUUGACUCAGUGGCCUGUCUCGGCAUGCCAUCCACAGCAACCGUUACCAUCUUUGACGACGAUCAUGCCGGCAUCUUUACGUUUGAGGAGCCCGUAUGCCAUGUCAGCGAGAGCGUUGGCAUCAUGGAGGUGAAGGUGCUGAGAACCUCAGGGGCUCGUGGCGUGGUCAUGCUGCCAUACAAGACGUUGGAAGGAACAGCACGAGGUGGUGGAGAAGACUUUGAAGACUCUCACGGCGUCCUGGAAUUUCAAAAUGAUGAGAUAUUGAAGACCAUAACCGUUAGGAUCUUAGACCGGGAGGAGUACAAUAAGCAAUCCUCCUUCUACAUUCUGCUUGAACCCCCCCAGUGGAGACGAAACAGGAAGGAACAGACAGAGGAACAGCAGAAAGACGAAGAAGUGGAAGAAGAGCCGCUGACAGGAAAAGAUGAAGAGGAACGCCGCAUAGCUGAAAUGGGCCGUCCAAUGUUGGGAGAUCAUGUCAAACUGGAGGUGAUCAUCGAGGAAUCAUAUGAAUUCAAGAACACAGUGGACAAGCUGAUAAAGAAGACCAACCUGGCUCUGCUGGUGGGAACCAACAGCUGGAGAGACCAGUUCAUAGAAGCCAUCACUGUCAGCGCAGGGAGCAAAGUGUACUGGAGUCUAAUUCCUUGUUUGUGUGUACAAACAUGGCCAAAUAAAGAUGAUUCUGAUUCUGAAAGCAGAGGCGAAGAUGACGAUGAUGAGGAGUGUGGGGAGGAGAAGCUGCCCUCGUGUUUUGACUACGUCAUGCAUUUCCUCACUGUAUUCUGGAAGGUUCUGUUCGCCUUCGUCCCGCCCACAGAGUAUUGGAAUGGCUGGGCCUGCUUUGUAGUCUCCAUCUGCAUGAUCGGACUGCUCACCGCCGUCAUUGGGGACCUGGCCUCUCACUUCGGAUGCACAGUAGGCCUGAAAGACUCUGUCACAGCAGUAGUAUUUGUUGCAUUGGGAACCUCAGUACCAGACACAUUUGCCAGUAAGGUAGCAGCUAUCCAGGAUCAGUAUGCAGAUGCAUCCAUUGGUAAUGUGACAGGCUCCAAUGCUGUCAAUGUGUUUCUGGGCAUUGGGGUGGCGUGGUCCAUUGCUGCCAUCUACCACAACAGCAGGGGCGAGGAGUUCAGGGUAGAUCCUGGCACGCUGGCUUUCUCGGUCACUCUCUUCACCAUCUUUGCCUUUAUCUGUGUCGCCACGCUGAUGUACCGACGGCGACCAGACAUUGGUGGAGAGCUGGGUGGGCCCCGGACUGCGAAGGCCCUUACCACCAUGCUGUUCGUUAGCCUGUGGCUCCUCUACAUCCUCUUCUCCUCACUGGAAGCCUACUGCCACAUCCAGGGCUUCUAAGAUGAUAGGAGAUGUUGAAGAGAAGGGUGGGACAAAGCAAGAAAACAUGGAGGAAGAGACAAGGGGGAGGUGGAUGAAUGGAUGAAUUUGGAUUUAGGAAUUAAGGCUGUCUCGUUGUUCUAUAAGUCCCCCCUUCUGCAAUAGAUUUAAUGAUAGAUGAAUGGAUGGAUGUACAGAUGAAGGAGUGCACAUUUAAACAGAUAAAGACAAAAUGGAAAAAGGUACAGAUGCAUGGAAGGACGACAAAAAAACAUGAGAUUAAUAGGAGCAAGUGAAAUUAUCCAGAAGGGUGGAAGCUUAAUGAGAAAAGAAAAAAAAUCAAAGGUAUAUAUUCGUGUAUCACUCUAAAAGUGCAAACCAAUCAAGUCAUCUUAUUAAACGUGUCCCAACUGGCUCGACCAUAUAGAAUUACAAUGAAUUUAAACACAUGGACUGAGGUUAAAACAGAGGUACACACCAUAAAAGCUCCUAUUGAGAAUGAGUGGUUUCAGCAGGAGCCCUCUUUCAGUGCAGUGCAUCGCCUGUGUCCAACCACUGUAACAGGCAGGAGUGAGACAGACAAAGAAAGAAUAACUUUAUCAGUAUGUACGUGCAUGACCAGACAAUACUGAAAACAUAAUCAGAAGAAACCGGAUACAUUGCCACAAUUGUUUCAUGACAACUAACUGUGUGUGUGCUGGUGUGUAACAGUGGGUGUCCGUGCUUGUGUGUUGUGGGAAGAUGGUCAAGUACUGUGAAAAAAACGCCUCUCGUCUUGCUCUCACCGCGUGAGGCGAGAUAUGCUUUCGUGUUCGAGGUCUUUUUGACUCUCGCUCUCCCAGCCUGUAGAAAUGCCGAGUACGACUUUCGCAGGAGAGCACAUUCAGUGAGUGAAAUGUUUUAAGCGUCACUGAGGUUCGAAUUGUAAAUAUAAAGAGCUGAUCGUACAUUACAGCUCCACGGUUUUCCUUCUGAAUGUCUCGGUUACGCCAUGCGCUCCUGAACGGGCCCUCUUUCUGUUGCUUUAUACUGUAAAUGUAAAUGAAUUAAGGACUAAUUUGAACCAAGAAGUGGUUAGUGUGCUUUUACCUUUAAUAAGGUCAUGUCUGAGAAGACGAAAUGGCCACUCUACCGUCGAAAACUGUUAGAAACUAUUAUCACUGCAUAAAUAUCUAGGUAUUUUUGUUUUUACUAUGGAACCACCUGGUGUUAUCUGGUGUUCCACCUGUGGGAUUGCCGCCAUCAUUUCUGAAUCAUAACUUUUAAAUAGCCUGAAAAUUCUAGCUAGCACCCUUUAUAGGCCUUCUUUUCCUUCAUUUUCUGCCGCUUGGUUUACUUAACAGCUUCAGUCAUUAUCUCUGUGCGUGUCUUAAGCAUCGCCAACCUGGCUGGUCGCUGGACCAAUCAAAAUCUUCAAGGGCUUUGUAAUAACCACUAAUCCCUAACCCUGACCCUUGAUUUAUAAUGUUUCACAUAGAUUGGUCAUUAAGGGGAAUAUUUAACAGACGACUAUAUUGCUAAACCUUACACACUGACUUCUCAGUUAAAAGAGCUUUGCUUCAGACUAGCGCAGGGCUACAUGAGAUAAUAGCUGCAUGUCUUUGUUAUGUUACCACACCAAGCAUCAAGAAUUUCCUAGAUAUUGUAAAAGUAACCUGCUGCUUCUAAGUACUCAUUCAGACAAGGCUUCAACUUUUCAUUCCAAAAAACACUACUAGUCAAAAACAUUUUACUCAUAAUAUGUCUGGAUGACGAAGGCCUUAACCUAAAGAAAGCAAUUACCAUCUGGCUUUGUCAUGUUUCUUUAUUCAAAGGUAAGUUGCUUUCAAACAAAUAACCUUAAUGUGAUCUGUGGGAUUUACUCGUUCUUGUUGAACUUGACACAUUAGUUCAGCUGCCAGUUUUCAGUCUUAACACAAAAGCCAUGAGAUAAAGGGAUAGCUGAAAAUGAUUUUCUGUUGGGCCGGACGUCGGCUUAGAGGACGGGGUAAAUGCUGUUGUACUGCAAUAGCCCUGUGUGGAUAUGUAACACAGGUUACAUCUAAUCUCAGACAGCCUCUGUUUGACAAGCUCACACCGGUUUCAGGGCAAUAACAGAAAGCUAACAGGGAUACAGUUACAACACUUGUCCCCACAAAUCUCCUCCUGUUGUGGAGUAUAUAGCCCAGUGUUUUAAUUCUCAGUAGCCAUGUUACCAUGGUAGUCCACCCUAAAAGCUAAUUAACUCCUAAAGUGUAUAAUCUCUCUUUGUGACAUGGGCACAAACAGUCUCUGUUAUUCUAUUAUAUAUGUAGCAUACUUUUGUUAGUUUAACAAUGUAAACUGAUCUUAAAUUAUUACCAUUGGUCUGUGUGCAUGAUGUGACAGAGGCCCACUUGGACUUAUUUAUCAUCCUAAUAGUGUGCUAGUAGCUUAAAAGGACACCGGGGCAUAUGAAACACUACGUCUACUGCGUGCAGACCAAACUAACUGCCAAAUCAUAAGACUCACAAACUAAAAUUCCAAAACACUAACUGUCUGGGAAUCUUCUGCUUUCUGUGAUUCAGUAUUAGACAGACAACGAAUCGAUCCCAAAACCUCGAACACAAAGGGCCCAGAAUUAUGUACAUUUUAAAGCCUGUCUCGACUGUCAGAGAAGUUUAGACUUCAGACUGUUAACUAUUGCAACAUUCAGCUAAAAUCACAAAGAUCUCAGCAUACACGUAACUUACAGUAUAUGUAGGCAUAAUAAAAGUCCAUAAGUCCAGAAUUUCUCUGCUUCUAAUGUGUUUUUUACUUGAUGUAUAUGAUAAAUUGUAUUUAUAAUGUCAUCUGUAAAAGUAAGUAGUCCGGACUAGAUGUAAUCCAUUUUAAACUUGGCAGGAAUCUUGUAAAAGGCAGAUUUUAACCCCUGAGAAAGUAGACCUGGGCUGGCUUAGAUUGGAUGAGUUUGGCAAAUCCAGAUAAUUGCAACAAUAUAAAUACUCUGAAUAUAGCUUUUGAAAAAAUUAUUAAUUACACACCAACACUAGGAUGAAAAUUUGGGAAGACAGUGCUACAGAAACAUGGCUUUGUUGCUGCAGUCUAAGAAAAGACAUUUGGUGUAUACGUCGUUUGAUAGCUACAGUAUAAUGAGAUAUUGCAUUAAUUGCAUUUGUCAAACUCAGCACAAUCUGUGGCUCUGCAUUAGAGUAGCUGUUCUUAAGUGAAGGCCUUGGAGUGGCAGUUUACCCCUGUUUUGCCAAAGGGAAAACUUUAUAUCAGAUAUUAAUGUUUGCAGUCCAAAUUGUAAAGGGUUUUCUAACCGAUGGAUCUUUCUUAAAACACCAAAUAUAAUUCAUAUUUCACUAGUAAUCUGAAAAGCAUUAAAAAAAAGGCUUGAUGUUGUUUUAACAGAACUCAAAUCUUUUUAUUUAAAUUUGUAUGUAUUUGUCUCUUCACUGGCAUGGAGCUGAGGGUUUAUACACUGUAAAAAAAACUAAAUUAUGCUAGCUUGCAUUUAAAAAAAGAAGGAAUAACAAUAUUAAAGCUGUAUGCAUCACUUUUUGAGUACCUUCAGCAAGGUAUUAAUUGUCUUUGAUAUUGCUAAAUCAUGUUGGAAUUACUUAAAAUGUGCCAGCUGCCUAAUAUUUUAAGGUGAACUCUAGCGUGAGCAGGAAUCAAAUGCUUGCAAAAAUGCAGUUUCGUGCAUUAAAUUAAUGGCGUGUAUUUUUUUUUUUUUUUAGAUGCUAAUAGUUUUCUUUUAUGGGAAUUUAGCUCUUUUGCUGCACUGGCUUUGUUGCGCCGUCUCUCUGGGUGUAUUCACUUUGGCUUAAAAGCUAGUCUGACAUGAACCUUAUUGGCAGAUUAAUGACAGCUGUUCACAGAGUUUGAAACAAGGCUGGAAACUAAACAAUGUUAGCUGUUGUUUAGCUAAAGACUUUUCUUGGCUGUACAUCAUCAAAUAUUAACUUUCUGGUUGAAGUUAACUUUUUUUUUCUAUCUGCAACUAGCAACUUUCCUGCAAAGACUGUAAAGCAAUUUGUUCCAGCUCAAGUCACAAUAACGCUUGAGUCCAGCUUCAUGCUUUGGUUUGAAAUUCUGCAUUUUAAAGGGUCAAAAGUUAGCCAGGUCAUCACUGUAUAUAUUAACACUAACAACUAGUAAGGAGUAGAAAAAUGAGCUGUAGAUUGCAUUUGUUUUAACUUUUGUUCUUCUGUGGUGGGGUUUCAAACAGAAUUGGGCAGGUUUUUAAAUGAAGGACAAGCAUUGCACUGGUUCUUGUCGCUUAUGUGAAACGGCUACUACGUUGGUUCAUUUACAGAGUUCCUUCUGAUGUAAACAACAGAGAUUGUGUUUUCUGUCUCUGAUUUACACAAUAAUAAUGAUGUACCUGAUGUAAAAAUACAGUGGUGUUGAAUCAGUUGUAAACCAUUAACAAUGUUGAUUCUAAUGUAAGGGUUGACGAUAUGUUUGUGUUGCCAUUUUCACUUUUUAACUGACUGUCUGUCUGACAGACCGAGAAAUAAAUAACAGCAACAUCGGACAGACAAAAUGAGCAAAAGGAAGGACAAAUGCCCCUACUGGUACAAGCAGAGCAAUAUUUGCUACAGAGAAAAAAAUGUACCGCUGGAAACAAAGGCUACCAGAGCUAUUCUCUACCUUAAAAUGCAACAUUUAACAUGUAGAAAAAAGGAUGGUGAUGUAGAGAAGAAGGAAGAAAAAGAAGAUGAGACGAAAGAAGAUGAAAAUAAUAAUAAUAAUAAUAAUAAUAAUAAUUAAAAAAUGAAGUUACAGCCAUAUGUUGAUUUCUGGGUCAGAGAGACUGAUAUGGACUUCUCCUGCCCAGCAUGUGUAUUGUUAUGGUGUCUUUAUCUGUCCCCGUGUCUCUCCACCCUCUUUCUCUAUCUUGCUUUCUCAAUCUCACUGCUGCCAAAGUAACCAAAACAGGCAGUUCUCCUUUUGUUCCGUAUCUUCUUCCCCGCUCCCGUUCUACCCUCUGUCUCCCUAUGCCAUGUUUUCCAUAUUUUGGAAUGUCAAUGUGCUACUUGUUGACACUGUGCAUGAAUGAUAACAUGUCUGUAUAUAGUUAUAGAGAAUUGUAUCCCAUUCCCUUAGUGUUGACUAAAAAAGGUUUGAAUGUUGUACAGAUUCAGGUUUUCCUUUUUUCUGUUUAGUUACAUUUUGUAAUGUAUGUAGAGCUUAACAACAUUUUGUUUUUAAUUUAAACAAAGAUGCGAUGACUUUUUUUGGAGUAACUUGCACAUUACUAAUGAAUUCAUCAAGUUUUUUUGUUAAAAAAGGCAAUAUCUGCUGUUAUUGACUGAGAGAUGAGAUCUUAAAGAAGUUAUGUAUCUUAAAUAAGUAAUCUAUAUGGGAGCUGCAUGGGUUAUUUGUACAAAAAAAAGACACUGCUUGCUACUUCUAAUACCGUGGCUGUAUUCUCCGACAGAGGAUGAGGAAUACUGUAUGUAUAUCUAAAGGUUAUUUUAUCAUUAAAGAAAUAAUAAUAAUAAUAAUGUGUAUAUACUGUACAGUGUUAUAAGUGAGGUGGACUAUACGACCAUCACACUAACCGUAGAGAAUUAAUUCUACAUAUUUAUUUAAAGGAAACAACAACACUCGCUACACUCAAGAAUGACAUAUAUUGCCUUUUUGGAGAAGUUGUAGUUUGCUUAGAGCUUAUUUCUCUAUCUCUGCCUCACUCUGCCCUCCCAUGCAUCCUCUUUCUUCAUUCUUGGUUGGUUAAUUUUUUUCCUUCCAUCUGCUUCCAUUUACUUUUAUGUUGCCGUUGGAGGCUUUCGAGAUUGCCUUUUGUCAGUGAUUGUUGUUGUUGUUUGAUUCAGACAGCGUUAUGUUUUUAGUUUGUCUUUCUGUCUGUUUAACUCGUGUCUCACUUAUGGCUGCUUUUUAUGCCCCCUAAAUCAUUAUCUCUAGAACUGCUUCUAUUCACCAACAUCCAAGUAUAGUUAUGAAUAUCUGCCUGUGUCUGCAUCUGAUUUAGUCUCUCAACGGAUAAUUUGUUUGUAUUUAAAUCACCAUCUGUUUUCCGAGCUGUCGGUCAUUUAUCUUAGUUGCUGAAUAAUUCUCUUUUCGUUUUUCUUUCCUAAAUUCUUCCUUUGUGCCAACAAAUUCUGGUUUUUAUUUCUUCACUCCUUCCUUUCAUGCAUCUUCUCUUUCUUUCUCUGUCCUCUUUGCACUUUCGGGGUGUUUCAGGGUUUUUUAUGUUUGUCACUUUGAUUUGAUGUGGGGUUUUUUCUUUCCUUAAUGGAACAGUAACUUUAAUAGUCAUGUUUGUAAUAAUUUUUAAGAUUUGUUUUCUUUUUGCCGCUGUUUCUCUGUGUGUGCGUGUAUUAACUUUCUUUUCUUUUUUAAAUUAAUUUCUGGUCAAGACCAAAUGAUAGGAGGAAAGUUGUUGUAUGUGUGUUGCCACUAACUGUGACUGCUCUCCAUGGUACAUGGUACAUCUGAUAAAACCAGUAAAAUAAAGUUUGGGAUACCCUGUUUCAGA